AUGUCAAAUUCUUACAAGAUGGCGGCAGCUAUCAGCGUGGCAAUCUCCCCCGCUCUUGGUAUCACGCACACGACUCCGACUAAGCGGAUCAGCCGUCAGACCGGCGCCCCCAAACCUCGAGCUGCGACGUCUGUGGUGAAGCCCAUUGCGAAAAGCAAGGGACACUCGAGCUCCAACUACUGGAUGUCUGACAAGCAGGCCAAGACGCCCAUGACUCAAGAGGCUGCGUCGCGGAUCCAGUCUGCAGAAGCGAAGGCCGGGGAUGGCGGCGUGAAAGCCGGAAGCUUCGCGGCGCGCGCGCAAUCCGCGGCCGCGCGGAACGAGAGAGGCAGAGACAAGGGGGGUUCUCAGUCUGAAAAUCCUUCUUUCGGGUACAAGGGGGACCAAUCCGGGGGCGAGGAAGACUAUUGGAGCGAGUGA